GCAGAGGGUAUGCCUAGUUUUGUCUACCUUUCUCAAAUCUGUCUUUUUGGUAAGAAAACAAACAAAUAGCCAUUAACUGUAUAUAUUUUUUAAAGUAAUAGUAUUUACUUUGAAUAGGCGGGGCAUCCUAUAGAAACCUUUUUUUUUUUUAUUUUUUUUUUUUUUUUUAGAAUUUUACAAAAGUUAGAAUUUCUGUAUUAGUACUUUGGUGUAAUAUUUGUAGCUUGUAAGAACCACCUAGAAAGGACGUUUGUUUUGCGAUUACACUGGAAAUAUUUGAAGAGGACUUUCUGAAGCUUGCCAAAUAUUCACAGUUAAUCAAGGACUGGUAUUCCUGCACAAGUUUCUACCUGCUCCAGAGCAUGGAGGAAAACAACAGUGAUAUGGAAUUGAUCGUGCCGUCUGACACGGAUGCUGAGGAUGGACUCGAAGAAUGUGUGAAAAAUCAUCAGCCCUACACCAGCAAAUCUAGCCAUCCCACCCCCAGACACAUUUGCAUUAUGGCUGUCACUACUCUGACUACCUUCGCUUUUGGAUCCUUGGUGGGCUAUCUUGUUUGUACAAAGAUAUACACCACAAGCUGUACAGAGCCUGAGUUCUCUGAUAGCGUGGUUCAGAGAGAAACCAUAUUUGAUUGGAGCAAUCUCACAGCUUUGUUAAGAAAUAAACUGACCACAGACAACAUUGAAAACAGCCUCAGUGAAUUCUCCAGUGACAGUCAUCAGGCAGGAUCUGUAGGAGAGGAUGUGAUCAGUGAGAAUAUUUUCAGAAGAUUCAGUGAGUUUGGCCUAAGUACCUGGAGAGAUGAGUUCUUUGUUAAGGUCCAGGAUCAUCCAAAAGGUGGCACAAACGGGGUGACUUUCUAUGGUACAAAAUUUGACGAAUCUGGCUAUUUGGCCUACAGUGGAAAUGGAUCAGUAGAGGGUGCAGUUUUAUAUUGCUAUUAUGGACAAGUGAGUGACUUUAGGAACUUGCAAGAUUUGAAGGUUAGCCCAAAAGGGAAGAUUGUGUUGGUCAGAGCUGGGAAAAUCAGUUUUGCUGAAAAGGUUGCUAAUGCGGCCAGUGUAAAUGCAAGUGCAGUGUUGAUCUACCCAGACCCAGCUGACUACUCCUUUGAUGAAGGAACUGAUUUGUUUGGCCAUGUCCAUCUUGGCUGUGGCGAUCCAUACACUCCGGGUUUCCCAUCUUUCAAUCACAUUCAGUUUCCUGCAGUUAAGUCCUCAGGCCUGCCGAGCAUUCCCGCACAGACCAUCAGAGCCAGCACAGCUGCAACCAUCAUGGGGAAAAUGGGAGGUCUUGAUCCUCCUCGUGGCUGGGGAAAAGGGGGUUUACAAAAUGUAACAUACAAACUUGGUGGUGAUAAUGACGUGGCCUCUGUGGAGGUGAACAAUGUUCUCAUUGAGAAAAGGAUCCACAAUGUGUUUGGAGUCAUCAAGGGUUUUAUAGAUGCAGAUCGUUAUGUGGUGAUUGGAGCUCAGAGAGAUGCCUGGGGUCCUGGAUAUGCAAAGUCUACCGUUGGCACUAGUUUGCUGGUCGAGUUAGCCAGAACCAUAAGUGACAUAAUAAGUACAAAUGGCUUUAAACCAAGGAGGAGCAUAGUGUUUGCAAGCUGGAGUGCUGGAGAAUACGGAGCUGUGGGCGCCACCGAGUGGCUGGAGGGCUAUCUGUCUUCCCUAAAUAUGAAAGCAUUCUCCUACAUUAGCUUGGAUGGUGUGGUCACAGGUUCAUCAUUUAAAGCAAGUGCAAGUCCACUGAUGUAUGACUUAAUACAGAGUACUUUGAAGGAGGUGUCCUCACCCAGCGACCCCAGCAGGACUUUAUAUUCACAAAUAGCUGGAACCAACUGGAAGAGCGCUGUCAUGGAGCCGAUGAGAAUGGUUGACUCUGCCUAUCCGUUCCAGACCUUCUCUGGAAUCCCUUCUGUGUCAUUCCGAUUUAUCUCAGGCACAGGAGAGUACCCUUUCUUUGGGACCAUGCUAGACACCAGGAAGAAUCUGGACGUUAAAACAUCUCAGAACUUACUUGUGCUGGUGAAGACUGCAGGCGAGGUAGCGGGGCAGAUGGCUCUUCGGCUGGUACACGACCACCUGCUCAGACUGAAUGUGGAGAAUUACAGCAACAUCAUCCGCGCCCAGGUGGCCCAAAUUAAUAAGGAAGUCUACAGCCUGCAAAUGUCUAAUCGCAUUCCUAAGACCCUGGAAAUGCAGUGGCUCAUGUCAGCUAUGGGCUCAUACAGUCGUGCUUCCAGAAGACUCACCAUGCUCAUCCAGAACAGCGACCUUCAGGACUCUGAACAGUGUCGCAUCAUCAAUGACCGAAUCAUGGGGGUGGAGAAGGACCUGCUCUCUCCCUACGUGUCUCCCCGGGAGAGUCCGUUCCGACACAUACUACUGGGUUCGGGCUCCCACACAGUGGGAGCUUUGCUCUCACACCUGGCCGCUAUAAAGGAGGGCUCGGCCAGUGCUGACAUCAACCUGCUGAAGAAUCAGUUCGCUCUGACCACCUGGACCAUCCAGAGCUGUGCCAACGCACUCGCAGGCAACGUGUGGGAGAUGGACAACCAGAUUUAGGUACUGUGAAUGUCUAAAAUGGAUUGCACUACUGCACAGGUUCAUCAGAAUGCCUUAAAGUUAUACUGUGGUGUAUUUCAUUGCACAAUUCUGCUGUAACCCAUAUUACAUAACUGGAGUAGCAGUCACAAUAAAUUAGCUCCUCAGGAUCUUUGUUACCGCACACUUUUAAAAAAUUGUUUUGUGUUUUUAUUGAGGAGGUUGGCAAAGAAAUUAAAACAAAUGAAUAAACAAUAAGGCAACAAGCAAUGGGCAUAACAAUUAAUAGUAACCCCUAAUUUUGUAAUAAUAUUUUUAUAAUUUUGUAAUGAUAACAAAACCCCUACAGACCUCCUCAAAGGUUUUCAUUUGAAUGCUCUUUAUAACCACAAACAUAACUCACACACUAACCGUCUAACUAACAUUGUUUGCCCCCCCCCCCAAAAAAAAAGUGGGCAGAAUGUUGCUGAAUUAAAGAAUGAAAGCAAAUUAUUCCAUUUACAAUAUUACCUUUCAAAAUUAAUCUUAUCAUCUCUAAGAUAAGGCUGUGCAUAAAACAUAUUUGAGCAACAAUGAGACAGAAUUAUUAUUACUAUUAUUAUUAUUAUUAUUAUUAUUAUUAAUAAUAAUAAUAAUAUUAUAUGCCCUAUAAUGUGAAGGCAAACACUAUUUACAUUUUGAACAAAUGCAAAACACCAGUGAUGCAUGCAUAGACUGGAUUCAGAAUGUAUAUGUCAUUCGUACAGUGCAGUUGUGUUUUUUCAAAAAUAUCCUGAAUUUCAUAGGCUUUGUGAAAAAUGUCAGUGCAAACAGUGUGUGUGUGUGUGUGUGUGUGUGUGUGUGUGUGUGUGUGUAAAUCGUUAAGUGAAAUAUUUGCUUUUUGAGUCGUGGCUUUUAGUUUACAACUUUAUGGCCUAUUCGUUUUUUCUUUCCUUUAUACAUGACUUACUGAUAAAAUAUUUUGUUUUACGCAGCAUAUGCUCUGUUCAUUUACCAUGCAUUACUGUAUUUUCCUUCAUAUCCAGAAACCUUUAGCUGUCUCCUUAAAUUUUGAGGAAUUGCGCUGAUUUUGAUAAUCUGGCCAACUAAAAACCCUUUGUUAUAAAUUUGUCAUUCUCUUGAGGAGAAUUUUCAUAAAUGUCAAAUGAAUG